ACAUUGUGGGUGGCUGGACUAUACUUGACCAAGUCCUCAUCGGCCUCAUGCUCGUCGGCGGCAGGAGGCGGAUCCUGUAGUAGUGUUCAGAGACAACUAGCCUGCGACCUGCUAAACAAUUACGGCUCUAGGCUGGUACUGGCCACCGCUCAUGCAUCCGGGAGGAGCGACAACGCCUUCGCUCGCAACAACUUGAGGGACAUGUGCGAUGGCAGGAAGGCUGCUAGGUCGAGUUAUUCCUGUUCAGAAUGCAGGAGCUCCCCUGCUCCAGGUGGGGCAGUUUGUAUCUCUGAAAGCGUCCUGAGGUACCUGCAAACUUUGGUUUCAACAGGCUCUGUCAAGGUGAACGAGUUCGCAGGCGCCUGCCACAGCUGUACGUCGAAACAUUACGAUGGUCUGGCUAUCGAUCUGGACGACGGACCCCGCAAUCAAGAGUACAUUAACACUUGCAGAAACCUGGGAGGCAGAGGUAUUGACGAGAGGAACCACAUCCACUGUCAGUUCAACAGCUAG